CCCCCGCCCGCGGGCGCUAGCUCCGCCCAGCAGUGUGCCGGGCGGCCCAGUGCGCUGUGCAGAGUCGGAGCCGGAGCCGGAGCCGGAGCCGGAGCCCGAGCCGGACGGCGGCGGGGCUGGGGGCUGGGAGUGCGACGCGCUCGGCCUCCCGCGCAAGACCCGCGCCCGCCUCCGGGCGAGGCCAGCGCCACGAUGGCAGAGAUGGGCAGCAAGGGGGUGACGGCGGGGAAGAUCGCCAGCAACGUGCAGAAGAAGCUGACCCGCGCGCAGGAGAAGGUCCUCCAGAAGCUGGGGAAGGCGGAUGAGACGAAGGAUGAGCAGUUUGAACAGUGUGUCCAGAAUUUCAACAAGCAGCUGACUGAGGGCACGCGUCUGCAGAAGGAUCUCCGGACCUACCUGGCCUCAGUCAAAGCCAUGCACGAGGCCUCCAAGAAGCUGAACGAGUGUCUCCAGGAGGUGUAUGAGCCUGACUGGCCUGGCAGGGAUGAGGCGAACAAGAUCGCUGAGAACAAUGACCUGCUGUGGAUGGACUACCACCAGAAGCUGGUGGACCAGGCGCUGCUGACCAUGGACACCUACCUGGGCCAGUUCCCUGACAUUAAGUCUCGAAUCGCCAAGCGGGGGCGGAAGCUGGUGGACUACGACAGUGCCCGGCACCACUACGAGUCCCUACAAACAGCCAAAAAGAAGGAUGAAGCCAAAAUUGCCAAGGCUGAGGAGGAGCUCAUCAAAGCCCAGAAGGUGUUUGAGGAGAUGAACGUUGACCUGCAGGAGGAGCUUCCGUCCUUGUGGAACAGCCGUGUAGGUUUCUAUGUCAACACGUUCCAGAGCAUUGCAGGCCUGGAGGAGAACUUCCACAAGGAGAUGAGUAAGCUCAACCAGAACCUCAAUGACGCGCUGCUCAACCUGGAGAAGCAGCACGGGAGCAACACCUUCACAGUCAAGGCCCAGCCCAGAAAGAAAACUAAACUGUUUUCUCGGCUGCGCAGGAAGAAGAACAGUGACAACGCCCCUGCGAAAGGGAACAAGAGCCCCUCACCUCCGCCAGAUGGCUCCCCUGCUGCCACCCCCGAGAUAAGAGUGAACCAUGAGCCAGAGCCGGCCGAUGGGGCCACACCCGGGGCCACCAUCCCCAAGUCCCCGUCUCAGCUCCGGAAAGGCCCACCGGUCCCUCCGCCCCCCAAACACACCCCGUCCAAGGAGAUCAAGCAGGAGCAGAUCCUCAGCCUGUUUGAUGACACGUUUGUCCCUGAGAUCAGCGUGACCACCCCCUCCCAGCCCACAGAGAGUCCAGCUGGCAGCCUGCCUUCUGGGGAGCCCAGCGCUGCCGAGGGCACCUUUGCAGUGUCCUGGCCCAGCCAGACGGCCGAGCCGGGGCCUGCCGAACCGGCAGAGGCCUCAGAGGUGGCGGGUGGGACCCAACCUGCGGCUGGAGCCCAGGAGCCUGGGGAGACGGCGGCAAGUGAAGCAGCCUCCAGCUCUCUCCCGGCCGUGGUGGUGGAGACCUUCUCAGCGACUGUGAAUGGCACCGUGGAGGGCGGCGCUGGGGCCGGGCGCCUGGACCUGCCUCCCGGCUUCAUGUUCAAGGUGCAGGCCCAGCACGACUACACGGCCACCGACACGGACGAGCUGCAGCUCAAGGCCGGCGACGUGGUCCUUGUGAUCCCCUUCCAGAACCCGGAGGAGCAGGAUGAAGGCUGGCUCAUGGGGGUGAAGGAGAGCGACUGGAACCAGCACAAGGAGCUGGAGAAGUGUCGGGGCGUCUUCCCCGAGAACUUCACGGAACGCGUGCCGUGACAGCGGAGCCUCUGCCGCCUCGGGGCACCUGAACGUCUUUUCCUGAAAAAUGUGUUUCUUUUCUGGUUUUUUUUUUUUUUUUUUUUUUUGUUUGUUUGUUUGUUUUUACAACUUUUAAAAAGCAAAGGGAAACUGAGAGAGGAGAGACCUGAGCCGAAAGGUGUCCUCCCAAUACUAGGUUGUUCUCCGAAGAGCCGGGUCCGGCCCACCCGGUGGAGUUCACCAGUGUACCUGGAGCUGCUGUGUCCCCUAGUUGAGUUCCUGGCGUCCCCUCCCACCCGCAUGUGUGCCUGGCCGCAGGGCGGGCUGGGGCCCCCAAGCCACCGCUGUGCUUGCCUGAAGCUCCGGCCCCCGCCGGCAGGGCAAGGGCCCCGUUUUCCUGGCAGCUGCAGCACGUGGGCCCACUCGCCAGCCCAGCCUGGCCCCGCCCCGCAGACUAUCUGUGUGCUGUUUGAAAAUAAACCUUAGUGUUCAAAACAAAAUGAAACGAAA